AUGGGUCGAAAGAAAAAGAAACAAACAAAACCUUGGUGUUGGUAUUGUAAUCGUGAAUUUGAUGAUGAAAAAAUUCUAUUACAACAUCAAAAAGCAAAACAUUUUAAAUGUCAUUUAUGUCAUAAAAAAUUAUAUACUGGACCCGGUUUACAAAUUCAUUCAAUACAAGUACAUAAAGAAAAUAUUGAUAAAGUACCAAAUGCAAUCAAAGGUCGAGAUAAUAUUGAAAUUGAAAUAUAUGGUAUGGAAGGUAUACCAGAAGAAGAUCUUCGUGCACAUGAAAAACGACUUUCUGGAAAAGAUAAAGAUGAACCAGAUAAUAAUGAUGCUGUAAAAGUGCCUCCACCACUUGGUAUGCCACCAAUGCCACCAUUAGGUAUGAUGCCUGCUGCACCAAUGAUGCCAAUGGCUUUUCCUGGUAUGCCAUUUGGUAUUACACCUAUGUCAUUGCCUAUGAUGCCUCCUGUACCAAUGAUGACACCAUUACGACCACCAGUGCCUAUGGUUCCACCAACACCUGGUAAUCCAGCAGCAACUCUUCUUCCAUCUGCUCCUACUAAACCAUUAUUUCCAAGUGGAGCUACUGAUGCUAGUAAUGAUACGAAUUCAUCACCUAAUUUAACAACAAUGGCAUCAGCUGCAGCAGCUAUAUCAAAUUUAUCAGCUACUACAUCUGGAUCAUUACCGGGUAAUAAAGGAAAAAUUGAACCUGUUGCUGGUACUGCAAAAAUUAUUCAUCCAGAUGAUGAUAUAUCAUUAGAAGAAUUUCGUGCUUCAUUACCAAAAUAUAAACAAAUAAUGAUGCCACAACAAAUGCAAAUGCCACCAAUGCCUGCUGGUCUUUCAAUGGCUAAUUUUGUACGACCUCCAAUGGGUGGUCUACCAUUUAUGGCUCCACCAGCAGGUUUUCCACCGAUGGGAUUUAAUGGUCCACGUUUUUGA